CAUUUUAAUAUAUUUUUUAUUUUAAAGGCUGUUUUGUCGUGAUUUUUGACCUAACAAACAUCGUUUCCUCGUAAUUAGUACUCUUUUUUGUGUGUGUAUUAGACAGAAGAGCAUGUUUUAGUGGCAGCGUCACGCAUUUAAAGUGGCAGCAGGGCUCGUCCAUGUUUUCUACAUGUUACAGCAUCUUGAACAUUCCUCGUGAUCAGUAAUGACUUUUCUGUGUAUUAGGCACAGGAGCAUGUUCUAGAGGAAGCAUCAUCUCAGCACCAUGGAUAAGAACCAUGUCCACGCGCCUGCUGCCACAAGGUUAUUAUUCAUGAGGCUGCAUUUAGAACAUGCUCUUAUGCCGAAUACACAGAAAAAACUAAAUUAUUUAAUCAUAAGAAAAACAAUGUUAGGUCAAGAUCAAGAGAAAAUGGACUCGUGAUAACGAGUAAACAACUUUUGUUAUGUCGAGAUCACGAGAAAACAAUAAAUUAAAUAUUAGGACUUCCGUACAAAGCUCCCCAGGAUCCAACUGAUUUGGUUUGCCUGCUGAACAACUGACGGCUGGAUUCCAAAUGGCUUUACAUUUCCUUACAUAGGCGCCCUACAUCCGGAACUCCAUUUGGAAUCGAGCCAGCGGUGUCCAUGGAAACGCAGCAAACAGGCGCUGGUGCUCAACAGAAUACAGCUGAAGGGCGAGAGGUGCGCUGUCUCCAAGUUGGUCAACUAUAAAGGGUUUUUUUGGUGAGUCCAGUCCAUACUGCAAUGGAUGAUAAUGCAUCUGAGAUCUCUGAACAUGAAGCACCAGAGAACAACUGGACUGAAAACACAAAAGCAGAAGAAGGUGGAACACGGGAGACAGUGUUUCAGGAUGAAGAUGGCUUUCAUGCUGAUUGGUCCAUGGACAUAGAUGACCUUGAAUGGGAUGUAAGCACCGAGUCAGGAGAUGUGGAGCUCGAUGAGAGGGACGAGAGUAACAUGGACAGCACUCGGAUGUUCAAGCUGAGAAGAGGCCUGGACCAGCUGGACCAUUUUUACAAACAGAAGGAGCUUAACGUGAUAAAGGCUAGGGAGGAACUGAAAGUCUGUCGCCUUCAUGUGACUGAACUGGAAAAACAAAGAGACCACCUAGAAAUUGACAUAGAAAGGGAGAAGCAGGCAGAGAACAGCGCAGCCGUAUUCCGCCUACGUGCCCGCCACAAGUGUGUUUGUGCCGAAAUUCAAGCAGAGGAGGAGCUGGAGGCUCAUCUAGCCAUGGUCCUGCAAGAGCAUGAACUGGAGCUUUGCCAAGUGGAGAUAGAACUUGGUCAGUACUUAGGUCUUCGUCAGGAGGUGGAACAUGAGGAGAAGAAAUUGCGGGCUCUGCAUCAGGAGAAACACAGUCAAAGACUCCAAAUAGAGAAGAGCAUCAACAAGAGAGCCAAACUGAAAGCACUGCAUGCCAAAAAUGAGCAGAAAAAGACCUUACAAGAACAAGUGGAGCUUAAGAUGAGGAAGAAGGAACAGAUCCAGGCAAGCCGACAGAAAGCAGCAUUCUUUCUUAAACAGACUCUCGAGAGAAUGCGUGAAAAAGAGGAGGAAGGAGAAAAGAUAAAGAAGGAGCUAAUGAAGAGGAGGACAGAAGCUGCAGAAUCACUGAGCAAUAUAGCAGCCAGUCAGGAAGCUCUGCGUGUGAGAAAGCUUAAGCAGAAGGCCUGCUUGCCGAAGCUGAAAGAGGAUAAAAAUUUCCGUAAACAUUUACUGCAAGAAGCAGGACUGAACAGCAUCAAGCUCAUGCACCUGCACAAAGCACAAGAAGACCUCUACAGAAAGCAGGAGACAUUCCAGGAGAAACAAAAAGUCAAAAAGAUAGAGAUAGUCUCCAAACUGCCACUGGAAGAAAAGCAAAAGGAGAAACUGAAAAAAACACAUUCGCUCCUCAUCCAGCCAUCGGCACGUGUGACUCAAAGCAUGGUGCUAAAGCGAUGGGAAAAACUGCAACAGAAUGUACUGCCUCUAUCAGCACAUGCAGAGAGAGAGUUAAAUCAGGAUAGAUGCCCAACCCGCCCUGUGUCAUCUCCUGCAAGCUCCAGAACUGGCAUCAGCUCCUCUCUGGACUCAUUGCAGAAACUUGAAGCGAGUACAAGAAUUGAGGCAGACUGGCUAAUGGAAAAGAAAGGAGAUCAAGAGUGUAUGGUCCAGCCUGAGUUCAUUGGCCUUUGGGAUCGUAAACACAUGGAUUACAUGAUGAUUUCAGAUAAACAUGUAUCCGUCAAAACAUCUUUUUUGAGGUCUACGAAGCCAGAAAUCGACAAAACUCUGACAUCAAAAGGAACAAAGAAAACAAAAAGAGGUCCACCAUUUAUCAGCAAACCAGAAACAGUCUUAUUUAAGGAUUUUGACCUUGAAAAGACGUAUAAGAAAAAGGUAGUACUUACAAACACCUCUAAUGUCACAAACCACUGUAGAUUUACAGGAGUUUCACAGAACCUCAUGGAUUUCAUAUCUGUAAGUUUCGAGCCUCCCGGGCCAAUGUCAGCAGGCAUGGCGUGUGAACUAGAAGUUGCUUUCAGACCUUUACUGAAUGAAGAUUUGGAUGGCAAGAUCCAUUUUCAAACCCCCACUGGCCCCUUCUCUGUCACAAUCAAGUGCAGAACAAAAAAAUGCGAGAUGGUUGUUGAUAGCAGCCUCAUUGACUUUGGCACGCAUGUGGUCGGGGAGACAAUUUCACGGGUAAUCACCCUGACCAACAGGGGGGCACUGGGUACUCGCUAUUCACUGGCUCCACUCCCCACAAACUGCCUUCAGUUGCAAAAUCUAUUGCACCAUUCCUCUUCUAGCAAGCAGUUCUACUAUCAGGAACCUGGUGACAGCAACAGUGUAAAAGGUGCUGCUCAAGAGGAAGAAAUUUAUCCAGAGGGAGAAAACACCAACUGUGGUGUUCCAACAGAACAGAAAACAGGUACAUCCCUAAUCAGCUCUGACACGUCUGUAGGUGUUGAGGCUUCAGGAGCUGAUGGUUUGGAGGAGAGUGAGGUUACAGAGGUUGAGCAGGGCUGUGAUUCUGAGAUCACUGAAUUUAGCAUUGGGGAAGUGCUUGAGGGUGAAGUGGGGCCUUUUGGUAGCAUCAAACUGCCCAUCAUUUUCACACCAACUAUUCCAGGAGAAACUAAACUUGAUUUUAAGAUCACCUUUUCACAACCCAACUGUGAGGCGAUUAUGAUGUCAGCCUAUGGAGUGGCUGAGAGUGUUCCUGUGUGGGUGACCAAGCCGAACAUGGACCUAAAGAUCUGCAUGUACAAUCGUCUUUACCAAGACUGCAUUGAAGUGCAAAGCAGAGCCAGUACAGCACUCAGAUUGACAUUCGACAUUUGUAAAAAACUGAGGAACCACAUGGACAUCCUGCCUAAAACAGCCUACAUUCAGGCAAAGUCCAGCUUUCAUGCCCACCUCAAAUUCCUGCCCAGAUGUAGCCUGUCAGAGGACGCCAAGUCCUUCUUUGACCAGGACACAGGCGUCCUGGAGGUACCUCUGUAUAUACAGGUGGCUGAUCAGGUAAAACCUGUUCCUUUCACCAUCCAUGCUGUUGUGACCACCUCUGAUUUCAAAUUUGAUCGCACCGAGGUGGAUUUUGGCCACUGCACCGUUUUCGACGCUGUUCAAACCACUGUUCGUCUAACUAACCUCUCUUUAUUGCCACAGGACUUUGGUUUUGUGGCUAUUCCCAAGUUUAUUGAUGUCCAGCCUAAUGAUGGUUUUGGCACCCUGCUACCGCUUCAGACGCUGGAAAUUGAUCUGAUCUUUAGUCCUUCAAAAGCAGACGAAUACAAUUUUCAACUCACCUGCAAGUCAGGAAUUAACAGAGAGUUUCGGUUAUCGUGCCGCGGGAUUGGUGUGCGCCCUGUGCUGGAACUUUCUAAUUCACUGGUGCAGUUUGGAGCCACAGCAGUGGGAGAUCGGUCCACAGCAGUGCUGCAUGUGCUGAACUCUCACACCAGCCUUAAUGACUUUACACGCCCCAUGCCACGCAUUGGCAAAGGAACGGUCUCUCGUGUGGGUGCCAGGUUCUUCUCAUUCACUCCUCCAGAAAACUCUGAAAUUACAGUGGCCCCGACUACAGGAUGUGUUCUGCCUGGACAGAGAUGUCUGGUCCAAGUUACCUUCAGCCCAUUGUUGUGUGAUGACGACAUCAAGGCAGAGGCCAUUCAGAUGCUGUCGCAGCAGGAGGAGCUACAGAACAAAAAGGAGGAAUCGAAGAAAGGGAAGAAGUCUCCCCUAAUUCGAAGCUCAAGCAAGUUGAAGGAAAAGACAAGAAAAGUGUCUCUGACUCGCAAAAGCGAAAGUCUUUUGCAAGCCCUGAACCAAGCAGACAUACAGAAGGACUCUGCCGAGUAUGUUGCUGCAAAAGCCUCUCUACUCCACACUUUUAAAAAGAGAUGUAACCGUUACGUCAUCCCGUGCUUUGUGUCCGAUGGAGAUGGUACACACCAGAAGGAGACAAAGCAAUCCCUCUACAGCCCAUAUAACACGCUGUACCUGGAGCUGCAUUGCCCAGCGGUGCGACCCAUGCUGAUGGUCAUCUCUGAGCAUCAUGGGGAAACCACCAUCAACUUCAACCAGGUGGCAAUAGGACAGAAGGUUUUGAAAAAGGUGACAGUCCAGAACAUUGGUUCAGAAUUUGUGAUGCUGAAAUCUUCACUGCUGGACAUAAAUGGGCCAUUUGCCCUGUUGAACGCAAUGAGAGGAGUCAAGCCUGGAGGGACGCACACACUCCUGCUGGCUUUUACGCCAGCUUUGGGUAAAAAGUAUCGUGAAAUACUGGACGUGAGCUGCAGUCAGAUGACUCUGGAGUUCACGCUGUAUGGAGAAGGAAUCGUGCCUCUGGUCACCUGCACACACAAGGGACGAAUCCUGGACUUUGGAUAUGUGUUGGAGAAACAGAGCACUAGCCAAGUGGUUACGUUUCAGAACUCUUGUGUUCUGCAUCUGCAGUUCAGAGUGUUGUUAGACAGCCUGAGGCUCUCCAAACACAAGGAUACACGCUUGCUUCCAGCUUUCCUUUCCAAGUAUUCUACACAAUGCACAACUGUAGGCACUCAGAAUUACAGCGGUCAGAGUGUGUUCGUUGUGUCACCCACAGAGGGCACUAUUGCCCCCGACGAAACUCAGGAUAUCACUGUAACGUUCAAGCCUGAUCAUGAGGGGCUACAUUACCGAGAUGCGCUACAAGUACAACUUAUGAACCAUCAGACAGUGUGUGAUCUGGAGUUACGGGGUGCAGCGAGCAGCCACAACAUGUUUGUAUGUGGUGGAGAUCCAUUAAACCUGUGCUCUGAAUCACUCAUCCAUCCAAACAUAUACAGAGCCGGUGAAUUAGAACACACAGACACACACAAAGAGAGGAAGAGGCUACCCACACCUUUGUUGCUGACUCUGAGGAGUGUGUUGUGUGAGGGCCAGGUGACAGCCGCGGUGGGAAAGAUAGAGGUGGGCUGCAUUCCCAGCUCCCGACUGCACAACAAGAAGAAUGGAGAGUUUCUUUGGGAGAACGUAACUGCUCUCCGGCAGCAGGGGUUUAGUGUCGAACCCACCGAAGGACGUGUGGAUGCAGGUCACCGGCGCACCAUCACAGUCACUUGGACACCACCUGCUGGACACACUCCCAACAAGGUGGUACAGGUGUGUGCCUCACUGAUACUCAGAGGAGAAGAAACUGAAGUGUACAAUGUCACCCUUCUGGCCUACACAUCCAGCCAUGCGCAUUCUGGACAGGACAACAGAUAUUGAUAUUUAUGGUUAUUUUUAUAUCAUUAAAACUACCUUUAUAAGCUG